UUUUUUUAAAUGUUAAAACCAACAUUCUCCAAAGUGUAUGCGACGUAUAUAUUGUUCAUCUAAAUUUAUGUUUUUUUUUUUCUAAAACAUACUGUCUCUAUUUUCGUUCCACGUUUAAUCAUAUUGGUUUGAUGUUGUAAUAAUGUAUAUGAGAUAACAUUGAGUUGAUUAUUAAACGAUAACAAUACAUUAACGCUUCUAAAACAUAGAUAUAUACGUAAGUACAAAUGACUCCGGGAUCGGUGUGACCUCGAACGUGGGGUUGAGGUGGGGCGAGGAUGCGAGGGCGCUUAGAACGACUUGCGUGCUUGAGAAGAGAGGAGAAUGGACACCGAUGUGGUCUAGAGGAGCAGAGAGAAGGGAAGAUCUUGAGCGUCUUCAUAUAAAUGCCAGCGGUAUUCGUGGUUGAUGCCACAGAUUCGAUACUCUUCAAAUCGGCAUCACGAUCCGUGGAGAAUCAUCAUCGUCAUGCAGUACACAAUACUGAUCCUCGCUCUUGUUGGCUCUGCCUUGGGGCAGUACGGAGGUUUCAGAGGUUUCAAUCAAAAUCUCUUCCCGCAGACACCAAAGCCUAGUUAUCAACCACAGCCGAAGUAUCAACCGGAAUACAGCCCGUACAGUGGUCGGUUUAUAGCAAUUCGUAACCAGCAACGCGAUUCUUUCCCCGACGGCACGUACAACUGGAGCUACGAGACAGAAAAUGGAAUUUCAGCUCAGGAAACAGGUCGCCCUAAAGCAGGUGGUGGUCCUGGACAGCAAGCCGAGGCGGUGCAGGGUAGAUUCUCGUACACGGCACCCGAUGGUACACCUAUUCAAUUGGAAUACGUAGCAGACGAAAAUGGCUUCCGUCCACAAGGUGCUCAUUUACCAACGCCACCCCCAAUCCCAGAGGCUAUAAGACGUGCGCUAGCAGCGAAUCCACCUGGACCUGACGAUUCGAACUACGGACCGGCUUACAAUCAAAUACCGUAUAGAAGAUAUUAAAAUCUCACCGGGUGUCGAGGGCGACGCCAUUGCAGCUUCCUCGGUGU